GUGCUGAGUGAUCCACGAGGCCAUAAUAUGAAUUACAUGUGAAUAACAAGCAUUUGGGGCCUGAAUGUUUCCUUAUGGCAUGGUAUUAUGAACUUGCACAGUAUGGUCUUGAGCAAGCUAAACGGACAAAGUUUAUAUUAAUUACCUGCAUGUAAGCAACAUGUGCUUAGCAUAAUUACUGAAAAAUUAAUUAGAUGCUGUGAGACUCUCAAGUGUUAGUGUAUUCAGGUGUCUCUUUGAAGGCCAGAAACAAUGCACUGAGAAAUACUGCUUUAAUUUUUUGCACAAGAAGAUGGAAGAUUUAUAAAUGUUUGCUUGAUUCUCUAAAGAAGUUCUUCUGUAGGAAUAAUUCCUAAUUUUUUUUUCCCACUGCUCUUAAGCUGAAGAUUGCAGCAGAGCACUAAUAUAUAAGGAGUAGAGGAGGAAACUAAAAGUGAAAGAGCAAUAUCCCAAUCAUUUUGUUUUCUCCAGCCUGAAAGCUAUAAGCAAGUGAAUGUUACAGAACAAAACAGCCUUAUAUUUCAGUAGUUUUUUGCUGCAGAACACUGAUUUGUGGUCCAGAAUAUACACGUCUAUAUAAUUUGUUGAGUCUUCUGUUAACUUUUCCAACAAUUGACAAAAUGCAUUUAAAAUAAUAACAGUACUUUUUCUUGAUAUAUGAAUAUUCUGUUGGGUAUUGACCACAGAAGCAUCACAAUGACUGGUUGAAUACUGGAGUCUAUUAGAAACACUUUGUUAUGUCCAGUAUAUUUUGCUCUAUAUUUCCUGAGAUUCUGACAUGUUUGUUCGUUCUUUCUAGAUCAAGUGCUAAGAGUUGAGCUAGUUUUAUUAAAAUAUCUCAUGUUUGAGGCUUAACUAACCUGAAGUGAAUCUCAGUCUUUAUUUUGCUGUUAGUAGGAAGUUGAUUUGUAAGCUAACUUAGCCAUGUACCAGUGAAAAACUAGGCUAGUUACCAUACGAACCAAUAAACAGAAUCAGAAAUUACAUAUCAGUCUCUUCGAUUUGUGAAGUACAGCUGACAUGCUGGCAGAAUCCGGGAUCUUUUAGGGUAGCUUCAAGAAUGCUCUGAACAGUCUCUUCUGUACUUUUUGAAACUUUGUUUCAGAAAUUUGGAUAGUUCUUCCAAAUACUCUAUGGCUGGAGGAGAAAUGGUACCUGUUCCUUGUAAAUUUGAGGAGGGAAUGCCAGAUAAAACAGCUGGAUUUGUAAGGCAGUUGGGAGUUUGCCCUAGUUAGUCUACUGAGAAUUCUGACCUUGCAUGUAAAAGAACUUAUGUAACCUUAAUUUUUUCUGUGACAUAACUUUGUAUGUUGUAGAAGAUGUGUCUCAUACUAGGCUUUUUUGAUAGUUGGCUCUUUAUCAUCUGAAGAUCAUGACUUUGACCCUUCUGCUGAAAUGCUGGUACAUGAUUACGAUGAUGAGCGAACUCUCGAAGAAGAGGAAAUGAUGGAAGAAAGUAAAAAUUUCGGUUCUGAAAUUGAAGAUUUAGAAAAGGUCUGAACUUAUCAGAGGUAAUUGGUAACGUGUUGAAAUGUUUGUAAAUCCUCUUGUAUUAGGAAGGAAACAUGCCGUUGGAAGAUUUGCUGGCAUUCUAUGGCUAUGAACCGACAAUUCCAGUUAUGGCAGGUUCCAGUGCAGAUAGCUCUCCGAGUGAACUUGCAGAUGAACUUCCAGAUAUGACUCUAGAUAAAGAAGAAAUAGCUAAGGACCUCUUGUCGGGUGAUGAUGAAGAAACACAAUCCUCUGCUGAUGACUUGACGCCAUCGGUUACUUCACAUGAGGCUACAGACUUCUUUCCUCGGCCAUUGCGAUCAAACACUACAUGUGAUGGAGAUAAAGAAUCAGAUGGUGAAGAUAUAGAGACAGACAAUGGUAACUCAUCUGAAGAUCUGAGGAAGGAAAUAAUGGUUGGUUCACAGUAUCAGGCUGAAAUUCCACCUUACCUUGGCAGACACAGUGAUAAUGAAAAAGCGUAUGAAAAUGAAGACCAUUUACUUUGGAAACCUGAUGUGAUCUCAGAAAGUAAGGUUAAAGAAUACCUUUUUGAAACCUCCUUAAGAACAGGAAAUGAAAAAUUAAUUGGCAGAAUUCCUGAAGGACUACAUACACGGGACAACGAACAAGCACUGUAUGAACUUCUCAAGAGUAGCCAUAAUGUUAAAGAAGCAAUUGAGAGAUACUGUUCAAAUGGAAAAGCAUCUCAGGAAGAGAUGGCAGCAUGGACAGAAGAAGAAUGCAGAAGUUUUGAACAUGCUCUUCUGAUUUAUGGUAAAGAUUUUCAUCUCAUCCAAAAACACAAGGUAAGAACCAGAACAGUUGCUGAGUGUGUGGCGUUCUAUUACAUGUGGAAAAAGUCGGAACGUUAUGAUUACUUUGCUCAGCAAACAAGAUUUGGAAAGAAGAGAUAUAACCAUCAUCCAGGAGUUACAGAUUACAUGGAUCGUUUGGUAGAUGAAGCAGAAGCCCUUGGUGGAGCAGUGCAUUCUUCAGCCUUAACAUCUAAUAGUCGAACAGAAACCAUUCCUGAUCAACAGCUAAGCAUUCUGAACUCCAUCACUGCCAAUGACCUGACAGCAUUGACAAAUAGCGUAGCGACAGUCUGCCACACUUCAGAUGUUAACUGCCUGGAUGAUGCUUUUCCUCCUAUGGACAGCUUACCCCGAGCACCAGUUAAUCACGUGCCUGUUGGAACAGAAGAACUGCUUAACUUGCCAAGCAAUGGUGAAAGUGAUUGUUUUAAUUUAUUUGAGACUGGCUUUUAUCAUUCAGAGCUAAACCCAAUGAACAUGUGCAGUGAAGAGACAGAAAGACCCGCGAAGAGAUUGAAAAUGGGGAUCCCAGAAUCCUUCAUGAAUGAUGUCUCUGUAAAUAACCUUGGUGUAGACUUUGAGAACCACACACAUCAUAUUACCAGUGCCAAAAUGGCUGUUUCAGUGGCUGACUUCAGCAGUCUAUCUUCAAAUGAGACAAAUGGUUUUAUCAACACCCACACUCUUCACCAACACACCGCCCUUCAUUCAGAAUGACUGGAAAAUGAAACAGUGGGUACAUUAUGCAGUAGUAGUAAACUUGAUGGGAGCUAUCAGGUUUGCUUAGUCUUUCACUGGAAGUUUGAACUUUAUGACAUCAGUGAUGUCUUUGUAUGUAUAGAACUAUAUCUUGAUUUAUCAAGAGUAAUUUCCUUUUUCAGUCCAUAAAUGUGGAAAUGUCGUAUGAUAUUUGGCAGAGUUUUGGGACUAAGAGAACUCUGUGGUGCAGCUUUAAGCUCUGCUUCAAUUUUUUUUUUUUUUUUAAGCCUGUAGACAGAGGCCACCAAUUCAAAACCAGCACAGAAGUUCUGAACUGAUUGGAGUGGCUUUUUAGCCUAAGUUACUUUUGCUGUAACAAAUACAGUGGAAUAACGAUGUUUACAGGUACCUAUCCUGAUCCCUGUGCAAUGUAGCAUUUUUUUUUUUCUUAUAAAGGCAGGGAUAGGCUUCUUUAAUUUAAACUGCACAAACACACAAGGAUGUUUUUUAAGUGGAACCUUCUCUCAUGUGAUACUAAACUAGAGCACUUCAGUUUACAAAACAGCAAGUUCAUCUUGAUGGAAGCUAGCACAAGGAACUUACCAUGAGUAAAGUAUGAAGACCUACACUUGGAUGCUGUUGCAAAAUUACAGGCCAUGGCUACCAUACACAAGUAAUUAUACUGCCAGGAGUGUCUGUGUACUUUAAACUUACUAGCUUAAACAGAGAAUGUGUUUCAGGCUGUUGUGUUCUGGUGUGUUUUGUCCACAACUUUGGAGAAUAAUGUAAUUGUAUAACUUUCCUAAGGCAGCUGGUGUUGCAUAAUGCUACAGUCUGCACAGCUUAGGAUUUACCACUGAACAGUCUAUGUUUUGGAAGACAAAUUAUUUGGAGCACUGCAGUUCAAAGUGUUAGAGGGACUGUCUAGUUUAUGUAGAAAUAGUAGAACCUUGAAGUGUAUAUUUAAAAGCCUUUCUUUAGUGUGGAUUUCAUUUGUUUGUUUUGGCAAGGUCAUGGGCUGAAAAAAGGCACUUUGCUACUCUGGUCAAAUGGGAAAGGAUGAGGAAAAAGGCUUCAUGUAAAAGCAACUGUUUUACUUUAGUAUUGUUUUGUUUUGUUUUGUUUUCAUCGUGGAGUGUGAUUCAGCCAUCCAGAAAAAGUUUGUCUUGCAACAGCUUGUUCUAAUUCUUGAGGUGGAGUUGAACCAAACCACGUAAGAUAUUUUGUAGCAUAAAACAUGCAGUUUUAAUGAAGCUUGAAACCUUAUUUCAGUAAGAUGAGGGCUUUUCCUCACGUUAGAAAUUGAAUUGCCGCUAACUUGUUUUCGUUAUUCAAGUGGUUAAGUUUGCCUUGUUGGUAUCUGUAAUAGUUGCUUCAAGGUCAUGCUGAGUAACUAGAAAGUAGUGACUUUAAUAUUUGAAAGGGAAGAGGGUAUUUAUUAUGCAUACUGUGAACUGCAUUGACAUCCUGAGUUUUGGAUGCAGAGUAUGGAGUUUUCUUUACAGCACUGUAAUGAAGAUUUGCUUUGAAGUGUUUACACAAUAGCACAUUUACCAUAUUAAAAACAAAUUAGUUUAGCACAGUGGACAAAAGUAUAGAAAAUGUAGUAAUCUGUUUUCAACUGACACAUCUGAAGUAUGUAAUUCUGGUAAGUGCACAGUAAAUAACAGGUAGCCUGGGCCCUGUGUUGUACUCUGACUUUUUUAGCCAAAUUGUCAGCUUCUUGUUGCUGUGUUUUGUGCUGAACUUUGUACCUUGUUUCUUUCUGUUGAUGAAUCAACACAUUUUAUGUAAUUUUGUAAAAUACUGCCCAUAAUCCUUCGUUGUUAUACAUUCAAGUUUUAUGUAUGGGUUUACAGUGAGUGGCUGGUGUGUAUAAAAAUCAUUAUAGAGAGAUGACUGAAUGCUUAUACCAGUUGCACUUAAAUGAACAUGCCCAUUCUCAUUAGCUGAUGCAGUAAUAUAUUCAGUUUAUCUAUGCAUUGCUGGGAUCUUAAUGUAGACAGAGACUUGUCUAAGGUAUGGAUUGUCAGCAAGUUGAAUGGACACUUUAGUUAUUUAAAUAAAGACUUUUGACCAAAAUUCAGAAAAUGGUAUGAGAGAAAAAUGAAUUCCAGCUAGUCUGAUAGGUUUUUAAAUGCUGAUCUUUUUUAGCCUGUUGGCUAGCUAGCUGGUAUCGUUUACUUUUAAUUCCUUGUUAAAAUGAGGCAAUAAUUUGCAAGAUUCUGUAAAUAUGUAAAUUCUUCAUAUCUUUUUAGAUAUCUAUUUCAAUAUUUUCUGACUACUUCUGUGUAUAGGAACAUUUUUGUGCAUGCUUGAUGUGACACUCAUAAAUUUGUACCACUAUGACUUUAUCCAUGUAAAAUAGCUAUUUAUUGAAUUUUUCUUUUAAAAGCUGGACUUGCUUAUUUUUCUCUCAGUUUAAACAUUUAAAUGGAGAACUUGUUACUGUUUAUUAAAAGAAUUGUGUUUUGGAAGUCAGCAUGAAGAUAACUGAAUUGCAAGCACAGGAAGAAAUUGUGUUGCCUUGGUUCUUGGAUGGUGGAGCACAAUUCUUCUAACAAACUAUGGUGAAUUCUUUGUCCUCUGCCACACUUCUUCUUCGUACAAACAAACCAAAAAUCCAUAAUGGGCAAUUGCAGUGUUGGUAAAUGUAUCCUUUUAACGUCCAGGGAGUCUGACGAGGAUAGCUGAUUCAUUUAGAAGUGUAACUGGUGCUGUGAUUAUAGCAAUACCUUUACUUUUGUUAGUCAUGCAUCAUCUUCUCACGACAGACUUUUAAAUGUUGAGUUUUUCUCUUGUCACGGUCAAACUGCUGAAUUUACUUGAAGGAUGUACAAUACUGUCUGAAGAAUACUAAAUUGUGUACAAUUAGGUCAAUGAAUUGUGCAAUCGUUUUGUUUUUAAUUUUUAAAGCUGAGGGUCAGAAAUGUGUGAGAAAUUCAGAUUCAGUAGAACGUAAUGAUACUACGUAAUUUAACCAAAGUCUCUAGUGAAUACUUUAACUUUGAAUGUAAACUAAUGGAUCAACUGACCAACGGGGUCACUGUUUGCCCAGCAUCACAAGCACAUUGCCUACAGGUCAAGAAACUAAAUACAGUAUAAUUUAUAAAAUAAUUACCAGGUUACUCUUUUUUUUUUUUCUUUCAUUCCUGUUUUUCACUGCAGAAAAGGAAAAUGCUAUCAGUUGUAAGAUACAGUAUGGUCAUAGUCCUCCUAAUAAAGCAGAGAUCCCAGUUAUUCUCAAAGGGAGUACCGUGUGCAUAACAGUAAACUCAGUGACAAUCGGAACAUGCUGUAGUAUCAGUCAGAUGUUCAGGAGGAGGUCGCUAUCGUUGCAUUGGUUUUAAUAUUUGUACAUAAACACUGAUUUUUUUGAGCAUUAUUUUGUAUUUGUUGUAUUUUAAUACCUGGUGUACAGUUCCAGAAAUAAAUGUCUGGAAACCUUU